AUGGCUCGCUGCGCGUUGUCGGGACUUCUUUUGAGCUCAUGUGGCUACCUCGCCCUGGCCCUGAACGAUUGCCAGGACGGUACAUGCAGCGCACAUUUCAUUCAGAUGCAGAGCAGUGCCCUGAAGCAGACGCACCCCUGGCCUCAUGCACGAGGCAGUCCUCCGCGCCAGUUCGGUACCACCCCAGAGGUGUGGACGAGUCACAAAUUGAGUUGGAGCUUUCAUGAUCCAGCUGGAAAGUACCACAACAUCUUCGCUGGUGGCCCCGUCAUCGACCAGGACAAAAACCUUUUCCAGAUGAGUGCCAAGGGUGUUUACGCCUUCAACUCCUCAGGGCAUAACCUGUGGCACUACGAUCCACCGGGCAUCUCCAACAACGAGGUCUCACUCUAUGGAGAUCUUGUUUUGGGCUCAACCAAGACGGGCAAUGCUUUUGCGGUGAAUCGGAAGACGGGCGAGGAGGUUUGGGUCACUAACCUGGCGAAGGACGCUGGCGGCGACUGCGGCUACCCCGGCGCCUCUGAGGGGGUCUUCGUGGUGGGUGCCGAGAUGGGCCACGAUCCCGCCAGCGACGGCGGCAACGUCAAUGUCUUUGGUGUCGAUGCGAAGACGGGGGAGAAGUUGUGGGAGUAUGGUGUGGACAAGCCCGUGUGGAACCUCACCCCGCUCUUCCCAGGCGAUGGCUCCACAGUCUUCAUGGACUUCGCGGGAGGGAUGUACAAGUUGAACUUGAAGACAGGGGCCGAGGUUUGGAAGACCUUGCCUGAGACCUCCCGUGCCUCCUUCUCCGACGGCGGCGCCACGUUGGGCCCCAACGGCUUGGUCUACACCUGCAGCAACUUUGGGGAAAACCGUGGAAGUGAGGGAACCACCGGAAUGGUUCGAGCCUUCCGCCUGGACAAUGGCACUCAGGCCUGGUACAAGAUGACCACCAUGCCGUGCAACAGCUAUCCAGCUGUCGGACACAUCCAUGGGGUGUCACCACUGGCCGUGGUGGUCACACCCGGGUCCUUCAUGGGGCAAGAGAACUUGCAUGGUCAAGUGCUGGCGCUCAAUGCGAACACUGGCGAGCAGCUGUGGCGGCACGACAUGAAGCCUUACAGCGGGCUUUUUGGAAUGGCGGCGGGCGACACCGAGGGCUCUUUCACCCGCCAACUGGAGGGGAUUCAGCAGAUUUGCCUGCCAGCACACUGGAGCGCCCCGAUGAUUGAUGGUGAUGGGAUGGUCAUCGCUGGCCGAUCCGAUGGAAACAUGUACAAGGUCUUUGGCCCCACCGAAAGCUUCAAGGGCACUCAGUCUCAGAACAUGACGGUGGACAGUGGGACCAUCUCGGAGAAGAUUCCUUUGGGCUCUGCCUUUUUGCAUGGUGCUUUGGCCGCGGCACCGGGGAUUUUCGCCAUCUCCUCCUGCGACACGCUCUUUGUCUUCCAGAAGUGA